AUGGCGACUACAUAUGCAUAUGAGAGAUUCCCUUUUCACGAACCUGGAUCAGGACCGGACUCCCAUCUGAUAACCACUCCUGAGAGCUCAGUGGUCGGAAACCCUCCAGUAUACGAGCCACACCACCAUAGCCGUCUACGAGGGUCCAGCAUGGGGAAAUGCCUCUUACAAUGGUUCUGGUCGACACUGAUGAUCGACGGCUCAAGCACACAAGAGAGCCAGGCUAAGCCCUCGAAUCUUCAACAUGGCGUGCAUCAUGCCAAAGCUGGAAAGAGUGCCACAUUCACUACACAAGAACCCUCUACGGCUGCCGGGAGUGGACUGCAGCAGCAGUCUCAUGACAAUACGGACGAGGAGAAUCCCGCAUGUAAAGCCUGUCGAACAUGGGGGAUGGAAGCCGAGUAUACUCGUCUCGCAGAGACAAUACGCCAGAAACCCAAUGCCCACAGCAAGAAGCGCUUCCUAGUCGCCGUCGCCGGCAUCCCGGGAUCCGGCAAAACAACCACCGCGGCCGCCGUUGCCAGGCUUCUAAACGCACAACCGUCCCCAAAACACACUACUCAGCUCUCCAUGGACGGGUUCCAUCUGUCGCGGGCGACCCUGGACCUCUUACCCAAUCGAGAAGAAGCGUAUAUCCGCCGCGGGGCUCCUUGGACCUUUGACGCGGCCCGCUUCGUCCAGUUCAUGCGUCGGCUACGGAAUUGGGCUGAUUCGACGCCCUGCACCUCUGCAGCAGAGACUAUCUACGCACCGUCGUUCGACCACGAGGCUAAAGACCCGGUCGAAAAUGGCAUUGCUAUCACCGAUGACGCAGAGAUCGUGAUCAUCGAGGGGAAUUAUUUACUGCUUGACGAGCCUGAAUGGCGGGAGGUAGCUGCGCUGGUCGACUACCGGGUGUUCGUCGAGAGUGAUCUGCAGGAAGCGCGAGAACGAGUCGCGCGACGGCAUGUGCUGGCGGGGAUUGAGAAAACGCUGGAGGAUGGGUUUCGGAGAGUGGACAGCAACGAUUAUUUGAAUGCGGUCACCGUUCGGGAGAAGCUGAUCGCUCCUGAUAUGGUUGUUCACAGUGUGACCGAGCAAAGUUGUUGA